GCGCGACGCGGGGCGGGGCUGCACGCGGGUUCUCUUCCUGGUAGCAGCCAGGGCCCGGGUCCGCCGCGUCCGCAUCCGCUUCCAUCCGGGCUGGCGCGCGCCGCGCAGGAUUUUAGAAGAUGGCCAAAUUUGUGACACCCGUGAUCCAGGACAACCCCUCAGGUUGGGGUCCAUGUGCUGUGCCUGAACAGUUCCGAGACAUGCCGUAUCAGCCCUUCAGCAAAGGAGAUCGUCUGGGAAAGGUUGCAGACUGGACAGGAGCGACGUAUCAGGACAAGCGAUACACAAAUAAGUAUUCAUCACAGUUUGGUGGGGGAAGCCAGUAUGCAUAUUUCCAUGAGGAAGAUGAGACGAGCUUCCAGCUGGUGGACACUGCGCGGACACAGAAAACACCAUACCAAAGGAAUCGUAUGCGGUUUGCACAGAGGAACCUUCGGAGAGACAAGGACCGUCGGAAUAUGCUUCAAUUCAACAUGCAGACGCUGCCUAAAAGUGCCAAGCAGAAGGAGAGAGCUCGCAUGCAGCUACAGAAAAAGUUUCAGAAGCAGUUUGGGGUGAGGCAGAAAUGGGACCAAAAAUCACAGCAGAAGCCUCGCGACUCCUCUGUUGAAGUCCGCAGUGACUGGGAGGUGAAAGAGGAGAUGGACUUCCCUAGGCUGAUGAAGAUGCGCUACCUGGAGGUCUCAGAGCCAGAGGACAUAGAGUGCUGUGGAGCCCUGGAAUACUAUGACAAAGCCUUUGACCGCGUUACCACAAGGAAUGAGAAGACUUUGCGAAGCAUUAAACGCAUCUUCCACACUGUCACUACUACUGAUGAUCCAGUGAUCCGCAAGCUAGCAAAGACUCAGGGGAAUGUAUUUGCCACAGAUGCCAUCCUGGCCACGCUGAUGAGCUGCACUCGCUCUGUGUAUUCCUGGGACAUUAUUGUCCAGAGAGUUGGAUCCAAGCUCUUCUUUGACAAGAGAGACAAUUCUGACUUUGACUUGCUGACAGUGAGUGAAACUGCCAAUGAACCACCACAGGAUGAAGGCAACUCCUUUAAUUCACCCCGCAACCUAGCCAUGGAAGCCACCUACAUCAACCACAACUUCUCCCAGCAGUGCCUGAGAAUGGGGAAGGAAAAAUACAAGUUUCCCAACCCAAACCCAUUUGUGGAAGAUGACAUAGAUAAGAAUGAAGUAGCUUCUGUUGCAUACCGGUACCGAAGAUGGAAGCUGGGAGAUGACAUAGAUCUUAUUGUCCGUUGUGAACACGAUGGAGUCAUGACAGGAGCCAAUGGAGAAGUGUCGUUCAUCAACAUCAAAACACUGAAUGAAUGGGAUUCCAGGCACUGCAAUGGAGUGGACUGGCGCCAGAAGCUUGACUCUCAGAGGGGAGCUGUGAUUGCCACAGAACUGAAAAACAACAGUUACAAACUAGCUCGCUGGACAUGUUGUGCACUGCUGGCUGGAUCAGAGUAUCUGAAACUUGGGUAUGUGUCUCGUUACCAUGUGAAGGACUCUGCGCGACAUGUGAUUCUGGGAACACAGCAGUUCAAGCCUAAUGAGUUUGCCAGUCAGAUUAACCUGAGUAUAGAGAAUGCAUGGGGCAUCCUUCGCUGUGUUAUUGACAUCUGCAUGAAACUAGAUGAGGGCAAGUACCUCAUCCUCAAGGACCCCAACAAGCAAGUGAUCCGUAUCUACAGUCUGCCUGAUGGCACCUUUAGCUCAGAUGAGGAGGAGGAUGAUGAGGAGGAGGAGGAGGAAGAGGAAGAUCAAAGGGAAGAAAUGCAAAGCAAGAUUGAAAACACGGAUGAGAGAUUGGACCGAUUUGGGGCAACUUCAAAGGAAUAUGGUUUAUAGGACCACUAGCAAUACAGGCUAGAUGUUUCUGCAGAAGUAUCAGGUGUAGAUGAACUACCUGAUCUAAUUGCUGGUCCUUGGUGCAUGCUCUUUAACAGAUUCUCUUCCCCACUGAAGCAGCUUUAUUUGAUCCUCAUGUUACUAGUAUGGUGACAUCUUAAUGUCACAGACUGUAUGUAAAUUUGGGCAGGCCUCAGUGUAUUUGGUUCAUAAUUUGAAGGGUUGAUGCAUGACUGUUACAGCUAGAGAUUUUUUUUUUUUAACCCACAUUUCUAGGUUCUCAGACAAAUCAUGCAGCUGCUUGAAAAUUUGGAAGUAUGUAGCAAUUUAUACAGCCUUUUAACUUUAUAGUUCAUGGGAUCUACUAAUGAACAGACUUGUACAGAGUGAGAAUGCCAGGCAAGAUGUGACCUGAAUAUGUCAUCUUUAAACUACCGUGAUUUUUUUUCUUGCUGUGUUGUUCCACUAUGCUGUCUUUCUCUCUUUCAGAGGAAGAGAGCUAAACCCCAUGGUCAAAUAACAGGGGCUGCAAUAACCUAGACAAGUCAUCCCACUUUUCCGCAGUUCACGGGUGGAUCUUGUUGAAUGUUUGCACCAUGCCCAUUUAGAAGCCUGUCUAACAAAUGGAAUAAAGUUAUUUUGUUCUGUUA